GUUGGCUCUGCUCAGCAUCCCUGGGAAUGGUGGCAUGCCGGGCUCCUGACCUGGCAGAUGGGCCCCUGGGGCGUCACUGGGGCGCUGUCAGUGCCAGUGCCCUGCUACCACCCCUUCUCGUGGGCCAUUUUCAUCUUCGGCUCUCUUACCCAGCUGUGGCUUCCCAUGGUCCCCCACUGCUCAUGCCCAUCCUCAGAGAGUGGAAUAGGGACUAGUUGAAGGUUCCAGGGAUCAUCCUUUUAUUUUUGUCCCCCCAACCCCCACACCAGGCUCAUGUGACAAGCUAAGACCAAGCUGUCCAAGGCUCUCUUGUCAUAUUUCACCAGUCCUGAGUCCUGUGACCUCCCAGUGGCCCAACUCUACUCUUCGUGACAUUCUGAAGUAGAGUCCUAGCUCCUCUCCCUCCCAUCCCCCCCAACCCCCGAAGGACUGUGUCUCUCGGAGCUCCAGCAGGCCUUGCCUCCUGACCUAACAACUGCUGGGGAUGCCUAAGGAAGAGUUUCCCUGUGUCCUCCAGCCUAGGAGCUCAGGAUGUAGGGGAGGAAAAUGUCAAGUAGAGCCCUGGAAAAGAUAUGACUUUGUCUCUUGUGUCUAAAUGAGGACUAUGAGCCUGGUUUUUACACACACGCGCGCGCGCGCACGUCCUUGGGACUGCAGCAUGUGGUGUGCCUGACACACCCUCGAAACCCCGUUGCAUGUCCUGGCUAUCCCAGCUCUCCCUUCCUCCUGAUAACUGAAAUCACUAACCUCAGACACUCAGGUCUUGUCCUUCACACUUGAUAUGUGCGUGCAUUGGAUCACCAGUCCUGCUCUUUCUGCCUCCGUGACCCUGACAGUGAGUGCCUCCUUCAAGUUUGCAUCCCAGGUGCCUUACUCGCCUCACCAUUGUCCUGGCCUUGCCAUAGCCCCAGCUCCAUUUGUCCUGUCAGCCACCAGACUAGUGUGUCUAUAAAGCUCUGUCGUUGCUGGAGCCGGUGCUGGGCCCCUCCCCCUCUUCCCUGGGAAGUGCCGUUUCCUCCUUUUAGGACCAGCGUUCCAGCUCGUGCUCCAAGCUUGGCUCUGAGAGGUUCCUGCAGACAAGGCCAGAAAGCACUCUCAGUGCAGUACUGGCUCAUAUGGGGCCAGACACAGCUGAACUGAGCCAUGGAGCUCCAAGAAGGGAUUCUGCAAAUCAGGGCUCUUCGGGCUUCCUGGAAUCCAGAAGAGGAAGUCGUCGUGUAUAUAAAGCCAGGCACGCCAGCUCCUGAUACAGACAUCAUGACCAUGAGACAGAACUGGACAGCAGACCCCAACCCUUUGUGGGUCCUGCUCCUGUGUGCCCACAUCGUCUUCCAUUUGGCCAGAGCCACACCUGUACCUCAGGCCACCACAGCUGCCACUGCCUCGGCUGGGAUUGCAGAGGACACCACCUCCCAGCCGCCACCGCUCCCAACAGUUAAGCAGUGCCCAGCGUUGGAGGUGACCUGGCCAGAAGUGCAAGUCCCAAUAAAUGGAACGCUGACCUUGUCCUGUACCGCCUGCAGCCGCUUUCCCCACUUCAGCAUCCUCUACUGGCUGGGCAAUGGUUCCUUCAUCGAGCACCUCCCAGGCCGGCUGCAGGAGAGCAGCACCAGGCGGGAGCGCAGGGGCGCCAGCACCCAGCUGUGGAGGGACUUGAUGCUGGCGGAGCUGAGUCCCACCCUGCGCAGCACCAACUUCUCCUGUGUGUUCGCCGAUCCUGAGUACACCAUCCUGCGUCACGUUGUCCUGGCCCAGCUUUCGGUGAGAAACCCGAGGCUGGGCUGAGGACAGUUGAUUCCCCUACGCAAGAAACCCUCCAGAGGGUCCCCUCUGCCUCGCCAUCCUGACGGGGUUGAAUUCUGAAGCCUGGUAGAAUCGCCACCUCUUCAUUUCGGUCUUGGCGCUCUCAGCGAAGGCCACAUUCUGCGUCCCACUUAAUGUUACAUUUGUACAGGCAUACCUCGUUUUAUUAUACUUCAGGAUACUUUUUUUCUUUUUUUUUUUUUUUUUUACAAAUUGAAGGAUUGUGGCAACCCUGCGUCGUUAGUCUAUCAGUGCCAUUUUCCCAACAGCAUUUGCUCACUUCGUGUCUCUUUGUCACAUUUUGGUGAUUCUUGCAAUAUUUCAAACUUUCCUCAUAUUGUAUUUGUUACGAUGGUCAGUGAUCUUUGAUGUUACUAUUGUAAUUGUUUUGGGGCGCCAUGAACUGUGCCCAUGUAAGAUGGCGAACUUAAUCGAUAAACGUGUGUUCUGACUGCGCCACGGACCGGCCGUUCCCCAUUUCUCUCUCUCUUCGAGCCUCCCUAUUCGACAAUAUUGAAAUUAGGCCAGUUAGUAACCCUACAGUGGCCUCUAAGUGUUCAAGUGAAAGGAAGAGUCGUACGUCUCUCACUUUAAAUCAAAAGCUAGAAAUGAUUCUUAGUGAGGAAGGCGUGUCCAAAGCCGAGGGAGGCCGCAAGCUUAGGCCUCUAGCGCAAAACAGACGAGUUGUGAAUGCAAAGGAAAAGCUCCUGAAGGAAAUUAAAAGUGUACUCCAGUGAACACAAAUGACAAGAAAACGAAACAGCAUUAUUGCUGAUAUGGAAGAAGUUUUAGGGGUCUGGAUAAAAGAUGAAACCGCCACAACAUUCCCUUAAGCCAAAGCUUGAUCCAGAGCAAAGCCGUAACCUCUCUUCAAGUCUGUGAAGGCCGAGAGGUGGGGAAGCUGCAGAAGUAAAGUGUGAAGCUAGCAGAGGUUCUUGAGGUUUAAGGAAAGAAAGAAGCUGUCUCCAAAACAUAAAAGGUGCAAGGUGAAGCAGAAAUGUGCUGAUGUACAAGCUGCAGCAAGUUAUCCAGAAGAUCCAGCUAAGAUAAUGAAGAUGGCUACACUAAACAGAUUUUCAA